CACAACUUCAGUCGGUAAUGCGCAAGAGCACGAAGUGAGUGUAUUUUUAGUGGUCAUAUUCAAUUAAACAAGUGCGUAAUGCGUUUGGAAAAGUGUGUGUUACUUUGCGCAGUUAUAGCGCUAUGUAUUGUAGAUCCAAUAAUAGCAAGAAAAAGUUCGGGUUUUGCAUCACGUGGCGGCAGUCACAGCUACCCCAAAUCUGGUAGUGGACUGUCUGGUAGUGGUGGUCAUAAUUAUCCUCACUCUGGAGGACUUUCUGGUGGCGGACAUGGUUACCCUUCACCUGGUGGAGGUCACGGAUAUCCGCCUUCUGGUGGUCUAUCGGGACACGGAACAGGAAAUAAAUAUCCCUCGCAUGGAAGCAAUCCGGGAUACCCACCAUCCCCUGGUUUGUCAGGUAGUGGCAGCCAUGGAUAUCCACAACCUGGAAGUGGUAGUGGGUUAUCAGGAGCAGGCCACGGAUAUUCACAAAGACCACCAAGCUACCAUUACAAUCCUCCAAAACAAAUUAUUUACACGCCUACUCAUGGUAAACCAGUAACAUAUCCAGUGUACCAAGGUACACCGCCGACUUACGUGUACAAGUACAAGGACUCUGGAAGCAAGUACGGUACUCUCCUGGCUGGUCUUGCUCUGAUGAAUCUUGGAACGCUAGGCGUUGCGGCUUACGCCCUUCACAAUUCAAAUCAAAAUCAUGGAGGUCACAGUUACCAGGCAACGCCAGGCGAGGUUUGUAAACUUGGCAUAAGGAAAGACAACGGCGAUUAUGAGGAAACUAGGAUAGAUUGUCAAGUGAUAUCGGGCAUUAUUUUGAGUUCCGAGGCGGAAAAGAAAACUAAUGGUCAGAACAGCACUGUCGUCACUACGACUACCGUCACAAACGUGACGACUAUAAACGGCAAUGUAAACGGAACAAACACAGCAACUGUGGCGCAGUCCGAAAUUCUUUAUAGAAUGUUGCCUAAUGGUACUCUAGUGCCCGUCAAUGGAACAACUCCGGCCAAUGUAACGACUCAAGACGUUCCGGCCAAUAAUAACGCGACGUCUGUUGUAACAACUACAGUCACCAAUACAACAACAGUGACAAACGCUUUAGAAGUAAAGGGAGAUCCAGUUAAAGUUACAGAUGGCAUGAAAUGUGUUAUCAUGAAGACAACGCCUGUGUCAAAGAUGGAAAAGACAAUUCCGUGCAGUGUGCUGCAGCAGUAUGCGACUCAGUCAUUGAAGAAAAACUCGGCCGUCCGAAACGUGCCCGCUUUCACGAUAAUGGUGGUGGUCUUCGCAGGGUUCAUGAUAUAUUAACGAAAGCAGUUCAAUUUUAAGAAGUGCCAAGUGGAGUGAUUUAGCAGGGUGAAGUGUUACAACCAAACGAAAAAAAUAUGCCUGAAUUAGUUAUUCCAUUUUCUCACUUCAACAUUAGUCAUUUAACAUUGUGUCUUUAUUUGCAUU